AUGUCCGAGACAAGCAAAGGUGGCGGUAUCCCACGUUUGAAUCAACAACAGAGACCCCAAAGUCCGCUGCAACAUGCCUCAUCCACACGACGACGCAUUCACUCACAUGACAGCGAGGGUCUCGACACUGUUCCAGAGCUUCCAAUCAGCCCUCGUUCGUGGAAAGAGGCUGCUGAGAAGAGGUCUCAACCAGAGCUAUUCGACGACAUACAUGACGACAGUUCCGUGCAUCCACCAUCGUUUGCCCAGAGCGAAUUUGAAACUAUCGUCAGGAGGCAAAAAACGAAUCCUCAUGGCCUCAAGAUAGUCAAUAUUCCAUCUCGAUAUCCGACUCUAGACAACGAUUGGGAGUUUGCUGGAUGGGGCUCCAUGAGUUAUCUCGAACUCUCGCAAAAUGACAUGGAAGCCGCAAGAAAAGAGUUGAAACAGGUUUCCAAAACAUUGGAUCCUCUGCGAGUGUCUUCCAUCGCUGCGAAUGCGGUCGUUGGGAGCGUAUUCUACAGUUUUCCAGCUGUUGCUGCUGCAUCUGGUGUUCUCUCGCCAAUUGCCCUCACCGUCGCAUGUCUCCUCCUGACAUUGUAUAAGCCCGUGAUGCGAGAGUUGGGCUCUGCAGCACGUUCCAACGGAUCAAACUAUACCUACCUUCUACAGUUUUGUGGCAAAACCGCCGCUCUGAUGGGUGCCGCGGUGACCCUUCUUGAUGGCGUCGCAACGAGCGCCGUUUCAGCGGCGACAGCUAGCGAAUACCUAGCAGGGGAGUUUAGCAACCUGCCUAUACCUAUUCCAGCAAUCUCCAUUUGCUUCCUGACAAUCAUUACCUUGAUUGCCCUAGCUAAGGCACGGGACAGCACUAUCGUGACACUUUCAUUCUUCUUCAUUCAUGCGGUGACAAUGAUCGUUCUCAUGCUAGUCUCUUGCACUGCAUGGGCGAAGAGAGGAUCGGCUACACUUCUAGUAAACUGGUCUCAGAGACCAACCAGUCCCUCGCAAAUCAUCCAUGACUUGUUCUUUGGUGCGUCAAUUGGCUACCUCGGUGUGAGCGGGUUCGAGACCAUACCGUCCUAUGUCGAAAUGGUGGCGCCUCAGCAUUACUCGACCGUCAUCUCGACUAUCAUCAGUUCGGUGACCCUUUUGAAUGGACCUUUGAUGCUCUUGGUAUAUGCGCUGCUACCCUCGGACCAAAUCCUACACGGCACCAAUAUUCUCUCAGUGCUUUCUGGUGAAGUAGGAGGUCACUGGCUCCGUACAUUACUCGUCGUGGAUGCAAUGCUUGUGCUAUGUGGUGGAAUGGCUACCGGUAUUUUCACCGCCUGCAAUCUAAUGACCACUCUCACUCACGACGGGGUACUGCCGAAGUUCGCCCUACGGCCCAUGCCAUUGACCGGGCAACCAUUCCUCACGCCCAUCUUCUUUCUCCUGGCAUGUAUUGUAAUGUAUGCCACCGCCGCCUUCAGAUUAGCCACUAUGUCUUCUAUCUUUUCUGUCACUGUUCUGACAGUUCUCCUCAUGUAUCCUAUAUCGAACAUACUCUUAAAGUUCAAUCGCGACCGACUCCCACGCAAGUAUAAAACCUCGCUCAUGAUGACGGCUCUAGCGUUCGUUUCGACAUUAACGGUGCUGAUUGGCAAUCUCGUACUGAGUCCCAUUGCGCUUGGUCUCUUUGCGUGCUACUUUGCUUUCAUUCUCGGAAGUCUCCUAAUCGCAAAAUCACAAGCAAAGAUUGCCCGUGUAGUCAUCUGGCUCUACGGACAGAGCGAGGUAUUCCAAAAGUUCAAGCUCACACGAGGACUGGACGUCGUCUGCGUCAAGCUUAUCAAGGCCACACGCCGUCACCCAAUCUGCGUUUGGGUCAAGGGAGAUGACAUUUAUCAUUUACUCGAGUACAUUCUGUACGUUCGUCGAAACGAGCCCACGGGACGCAUCAUUUUUCUUCAUGCGUAUCACGACGUGGAAAACAUUCCAUCCGAGUUGGCACCGAAUACCAAGAUUCUCGACGAAGCACUCCCCUCGAUUACUCUUGAUCUAACUUUCGUCCCCGGAACAUUUGGUCCAGAGCUCGUACAAGCUGCAAGCAAGAAACUGAACAUUCCAAAGAGCAGCAUGUUUGCUUCCUGUUUCGGUUCCAAUCAUCCUCAUAGUCUUGCUGACUACAGAGGUUUACGAGUAAUUCAUCAUUAG